AUGCGCCUUCAAGCUUCAUUGGGCGUCCCCCUCGCGAACGACGUCGACGCUGCGAACGACGCUGCGGGCUCUGAUGGCGACGCCUCGAAGGUGAUACGGCAACUGCAGAGCACGGUGGCGGCCUUGGGCAGGCAACUUAUCAUGCAGCAGCUGUUUGUAGAGGAAAGAAUACGGUCUGAGGGGAGCUCGGGGAUAAAACAGAUCAGACUUCAGACGGACGGCACGCGGCCGUACCACUCCACGACGUACACCGGUAACAGCGCCGUCAGUAUUCAUAACCAUGCUAACUACGACCGCACCAUAGGGAUGGGAGAGUUCGUCGCCGUAUUGAACGGGGUGGAGUUCCGGACCAGACAUAACGAUUACAAGUUCGUCAUGCCAUGCCGGAGAAGCAGAGAUUUUCACUGCACAGAGGAUAUCCCUUUCCCUGAUGUGCCACCAGAGGUCAGGAAUAAAGCCACGGUGCAGGAACAAAUAGCGGAGAUGAAGGAGUGGUUUAAAGCCUGGAAAAAUCAAGACAAAUCUCACAGAGAUUACACUAAAUACUUCAAAGCCAACCUUUGCUACUUAGAAGGAGCCUGGAUGAAAAGUUCAGCAUCUUUAGAAGAGUCUUUCGACAGCGAUCGCCACUUUUUGGACGCCACGGACUGGUUUGACCUGCACGAGAAGGCUCGCUUCAGCGCGUACUCUGGUCGCAAGGACAACCUUGAGAACUUUGCCUAUCUUCCCGUCACCAUUUCCGGUCUCAUCAACGGCACGAUUCCCGAGCUUGCGCAAUGGAAUUACCGGAUAUUAUGUCAUCCUCUGAAGAAGGACAUACCGUUCAGCCACUUCCGGACCGUGGACGACCUUCAUUCCAGAAUGGCCUACAAAUCCAGCAUGGCGCUACAAACCGGAUCACGAAGAGCGAGGUUCCAACUAAACCCUGACAACCGCGGGUACUGGAGUGAAGAGAAGGCGUAUCAGCGUAGUUUUCUGGACGAGCUGAUGGAGCAGAUCCCAGGCAAGGACAAUUAUCCAGCUAAUAUAACAGACGACAUCUUUGGUUACACGGCCUUCACCUUGGACCCGGACGAAGACGGCAACGACCGCGUGCUGAAUGCCGGUUACUACCAUCGUUGGUUUAAAGUCGCUAAAAAGGGAGCAAACGGCUUAACACAGAUGCAUCGUAGUUACUCAGACCAGAACAUCUUCAUGGCUAUGACAACACAAGAGAAAGUAGCCGGUCUAAGUAUUAAAGAUUGUAAACUAAGGAAGAAAAACAACAGAGUUAAAGACUGCGGCAGAGUAGAACAAAAGUGGACCUAUGCUAUCCCCCUGGAGAUCGUGUAUUCAACGCCUCUGAGUUCCUGGAACCCUUACAACCUGCACUUCAAAGGAGACGCCAAGUCCGACCUUGGGAAGACUGUGAGAGCGGGGCCAAACGGUUCUGUCCGUAAUGGAAAGAAGGAAGCCAACUUGGCAUUUGAUGGUACCAACAAUGCCUUUUACUACCACACUCCGGUAGAGAUGUUCUACACCAACGGGGAUAAGGACGCUGCGGACACCGUGAGAUAUAGAGGCGUUGGUGUCUUGGACAGACAAGGCGAAGUAAAAUCGGUAGAUGCCUCUGGUUUUCGAAUUGAACUUAACAUAGAUGGCGCUGGUGAAAUUCGUCAGAGAUGGCCCAUUAUGCCCGUGUCGGUAGAGGGCAGCACCAUCAUGAAGGAGAUCGAGGCACUAAAGGACAUGGUCAUGGAGCAGCGGAAGUACAUCAGCUUGUACCGGGAAUUACCGAUUGCCCUGUCCUCUGAUAAUGCCACGGAAUAUGCUCCAACUCUGCGCGACAUCGAGCUCGAAACAACGGUCGCCACGGAGGACCCGCCUGGCCCCCAUACCCACAUGGUACGACUGACUGCUGACCACAUCAAAAUCAUGAAAGAAGAUGGCCGCGCCGUCACUGUUAUGACGUCAACAGACUUUGGGCAUUUUCACCAGCUGAGGGUCAGAUACGUUAAACGAUGCGACUGCUUCCGCAUAUCAAAGUGUGACAACCAAAGAGGCGGUUGCUGGGACGGACACUCAGUGGAGCUAAUCCCUACGGCAGGCUAAUAAAUGCGCAUGCGUACAGACACCGGCUAGUUCCUGAAGGUUGUCAGACAAUCUGCAACAUAGAAACAGUUCAUGAAUAAAUCAGACAUCAAUUGUAUAUCUCACAGUUUUAUUUGUAAUAGAAGAUCAUGUGAUGAUUUUAUUUUAUUUUUCUAUUCAUCUUUUAUGGGGGUAGAUUGGAAAGGGAGUUGGCAAGAACAAGUGUGGGAUGAUGUUUUAUUUGUAGUUUAAUUAAGAUUUUGUUGCAUCCAUUGUCAGUCAUUGCACGUUAGUCAACCGGUUUGAGUAAAUCCAGCUCUUACAAACUGUUUUUACUGUUGUUUAUAUAAUGUGGUGCUCAAAAGAAGGCUUUGAAACCCUUUGAAUAAAACAUGUUGCUAUGG